AUGGUGAAACAGAGACACAAGCUUUCUCGUUUGUUUCAUUGCUCGGGCACAGUACGCGUUUACUUUCUCGCGAUACUUUCGUUAAGGCAUAACACAACAAGGAACAAGGAAGGAGGAAGACAGCGGUUGUGGGUCUUUUGUUUUGAAAAACAAACAAAAAAAAUGGAGGUGUGGAAGUUGACUGGAUUUUGCUUGACUUUUUGCUGUUUAUUCAUCUGCAGUUCAUGUUCCCCCGAUAUAUUUGACGGUGUUUUGGGAGAGACAGCCUCUUGCCACAAUACUUGCCAGAUGACCUACAGUUUGCACACAUACCCCAGGGAAGAGGAGCUGUAUGCUUGCCAGAGGGGUUGUCGACUCUUUUCAAUUUGUCAGUUUGUAAACGACGGAGAAGAUUUAAACCAGACCAAGGCCGAGUGUGAUUCGGCUUGUCGUGAGGCCUAUUCGCAGUCACAGGAUCAGUAUGCCUGUAAUCUUGGAUGCCAGAGUCAACUGCCAUUCGCAGAACAGAGACAGGAACAGCUGUUGGACAUGAUGCCCAGGAUUCAUCUCCUUUUUCCACUUGCCUUUGUGGGGGGAGUCUGGAAUGAUAUGAUGAGCUCAGCCCAGAGCUUCAUAACAUCUUCAUGGACAUUCUACCUUCAAGCUGAUGAUGGCAAAGUAGUUAUAUUUCAGUCUGAGCCACAGAUUCAGUUUAUGCCACAAUUUGAACCACAGAAAGAGGAGCUGAAGGACACAUCAUUUGCCAGAGAAUCAUAUCAAAACCCGGACGAUGCAAUCUAUAAGCACAACCACAAGAAUUUCAUGCAAGAACAAGAAAUUGGAGUGGACCCAGAUAAUAAUGUUGCUAAGGAGGACCAUAACUUAUUUAAGUGUCUUUCAAGAAAUGCCUGGCUACCUGUUUGGAUAUUGACAACUACACUAGUUCUUUCUGUGCUGGUGCUGAUCUGGAUUUGCUGUGCAACAGUAGCAACUGCUGUGGACCAGUAUGUACCAUCUGAGAAAUUAAGCAUUUAUGGAGAUCUGGAAUAUGUGAAGGACCAGAAACUAACCCCAUACCCGCCAUCCUCCCUGGUUAUCAUCAGUUCAGUGGCUGAAGAAGAAGCUGGGCCUUUGCCAUCAAAAGUUAACCUGAACCAGUCAAACAUUUAGGAUGUACUAGUGUGGGGCUUGGCACAACUAAAUGGGCUGUCAAUGAUAACAUCUAUUAGUCUUACCAGUUUUUCUAACAGGGUUUAUGUUAAGUUGUUGGGGUUAUGUUAAUAAAAUGAAUAACUGCAGCUCUGUUUUGCAUGAUCUUAAUUGUUUCCCUAAGCUUUAUACUAGGAAUGGGGAUACUGAUUGAUUGUUAUCUCAGUGUUUUGAUGCAUUUUUGUUGCAUCACAUAACCUAAACUAUACCAUACCUAUUCUACCUGCAGUGAUGUAAUUUUUUAUGACAAGUACUAGGUCUUUUUAUCUAGUAUUUUGGAGAAUGCUAAUUUACUAAUGUUAUGUCGUUUGCUUAUCUUUCUUUUUUUUUUUUUUUUUUAAAUGCUGGUGAUUGACAGUCAGUUCUAUGCAGAGCAUAGUAUAGAUCAGUUUGCUUGGCAUGUUUCAGUUUACUUGGCUUUCCUUGUUCUGUUAAGUCAUAAUGGUUGUAGGUGGGUAGAUCAUUGGUCUUGUGUAAAAUGCCUGUAAAACAAAUCUAAGCUUGUCAGAAGCUACCACAGGAUUAUGCAUUCUAGUACCAGCAGAUGGCAGAUGUGAUGCAGCUAGUUGAAUAUUAACUGCGUAAUCUAACCUAAAACGACUAACACAGUGAACAUUUAAAAAUAUUAUUUGGAAUGCUUUGCAUGCUUUUAUAAAACAAACAUUUCUCCUCAUUGCACUUAAGUUCACUUUUUCAUUUAAAUGUAUCAUUUUCUUUACUUGAGCUUUACGCUUCAAAAUAUUUGCUAAGGACAGAAUUAAAUAAUUACAUUUUAAAAUUGUUGUAUAAUGAAUAAAAUACUACUGUUUGGGUUAUUGUUUAAUGUUUCUUUACAUAAAAAAAAUUGCUAAACAUGACAUGCUUGACAAACAA